AUGAUAAAGUGUAGUGUUUUGUCAGUAUUAUUAUUGAAAGUACUACUACUAACAAUCUUUGUUUACUCAAGUAACAGUCAGUCCCUAACACAACCAGAGAUUGACUCUGUUUUAUUUUUUAUAAAAUGCGAUAAUCAGACCUCUGAUGGACAGUUUCAUGUUAGAGUAAUUACGUAUUUAGAUGUUGGUACUCCAAACCCCGAUAUCACACUCUAUCUACCUUCUUUGGAAUUAGUCACGAUUGGUUUUCUUCAAGCGGUACAAGUAGCGAAUCAAUCAAUCAACAUUUUAAAGUAUCUCUCAACGGUGAAGUCCCUUGUCAAUGUUGAAAUAGUAAAAGACCCCUCGUUUACAUACAUCCCCAAUGAAUUUACGAAUAUGGCGAACCUCGAUCGUUUGAUACUGAUCAACAACGGUAUUAAAACAGUUCCUCUCUCUAUACUCACAAAUAUGCCAAAACUUUCAAUGCUGCAUAUCAACGAGCCCAUUGAAUCUGUUUCUAUCCCUUCCUCUCGACUUGGUCUUCCAUUACUCUCAGCCAUUCAUUUUAGAUUAAAUCUAACCAACAACCCUUACAGUAUCACCCUUUCUUCUCAAACAUUUCCAUCAUUAUCAUCAGUGACAUUUAUUUUGGAUCAAGGUUCCAAUUUUACUUUAUUCCAUGAUUUUAAGGAUAAUAACACAAAAUCAAUUACAUGUACAGGUGUUGGUGCACAAUGUAACUUGGUUUUGACAAGUGCAUCUUUUUUAACACUCAUGUAUGUAGUUAUGUAUAUAAAUAAUAUUUUUUUUUUGUCUCAUGAUGAUACUUAUACUAUCGUGAUCUACUCUAGAAAAGUUACAGGAACCAUUUCACCAUUUCCAAUGAAUAAUACUUUUUAUACAGAUUUGAAAACUUUAACAAUGAACGACUGUAAUUUAAAAAAAUUUCCAUUUCAAUCUUAUCCAUCUUCCUUGCAGGUUUUUAAUAAUCUUGGUUUUGCCGGACCAAUCACCGACUCGUAUUUUACGGUUGAUCAAGCUUCACAAAUAUUUGCAACCAAUCAAUCAAGAUUUACAAUUACAGGUAAUAAUAUUGGAUGGGGUCAGUUACAAUCAGGAAAUACGUAUGGUUUGACUCGUAUCAUUGCCAACAAAGAGAUGAUCGUUACUUUUGCUCCGACUCCAAAAGUUUUGACCAACUAUACAUUGACACUAGCAACAUUUGCAGGAGCACCCAGUAUCAAUAUCUCAGCCAUUGACUCUGGGUUUAUUUUCAGGUCGGUUAGAGCAGUACAAUCGAUUCCAUACACAACCAUCACAAUCGAGUUGAAAACUUUCAACGAUCUUUUGGCACACAAUGUGACAGUGGAUGGUGUGACUAACUGUAACGUGUUGUUAUGGACCUCGACAACAUAUAAUUGUUCUGUGUAUCCCCAAACACAAGGUAUCCAUCAAGUCAAGUUUUUCAAUGACUACUCGUCGCUGUCCUAUGGAUUAGACUUUACAUUUGCCUAUCCAAUCGUCAAUAAUGUCCACCCUAUCAUCAUUCACCCACAAAGCAUAGUUACCAUGACCGGCAACUUUGGACCAAAUUUAAACUCGCCAUCGGUAACGCUUAAAAACGGUAUUGACCAAGACUCACCAUGUACCAUACAAUCAAUUACACCAACCACAAUUGUUUGUAAAGUCGAUCAGAUGGAACAACCAACUAAGUCUACCAAUUAUUGUUAUGGUAACGGUCAAUGUAAUGCAACUGGUCAAUGCAUUUGUAAUAGUAAUGCUUAUUAUAAUGAUUGUUCAAAACCAUAUCCAAUCAUUUCAUCUGCCAGUUAUAAUGCAACAAAUAACAAAAUAAUUAGUUUAAAUGGUGAUUUUGGACCGUACGGACAAUCAAACUUAUCAAUUAAAAUUAAUAAUACUUUGGAUUGUACUGUUAAUUCAACAUCCCAACAGUUAAUCAUUUUUCAAUUACAACUUGAUUCUUUGGAUACAAAUGCAAAGGAUAUAUUAUAUCUUAGACAACCUGAUAAUGGAGGUAAUAAUGGUACAACAACAACAUCUACAGGAGGAUCAACAGAUACACCACAACAACAAUGUGAAAAACAAACAUCAAAUUGUUAUGGUCAUGGUGUUUGUGAUAUAAAUGGAAUAUGUCAAUGUGAUAAGGAUUUCAACCCAGUUGAUAAUUGUUUUACAAAGUUUAUAAAUACAACGAUUACACCAAAUACAACAUCACCAACAGUAUCAUUUGAUAUUGAUGGAAUUGAUUUCCAAUUUGAAGUUGCAUCCAUUCAAGAAUUGGAUUUGGACAGUAAUAUUAUUAAAGAAUUAUUUAUUUCAAAUUAUACUUGGAUUGUGAAUGCAUCAACCAAUAAUAUUACAACUAUUGUUGAUUAUCAAUUAAAUACAACCCUUCCUUCCAUUCCACUUACCAACUCUUCAACAGACAUUAAUAAUAUCCUAUUCCAAUCAGUUAGUGUACUAUCAACGAUAUCAUUCUCUUCGAAACCAAGAGAUAUUCAAUUCGGAGAUCAACAACUUCACAUCAAUGCCAACUCGAUUAAACUAUCAGUCAAUGUUACAAAUUGGCAAUAUUCAUCCAACUUGGCAACACUCAGAGUUGUAUUUAGAACCAUCAUCAUCAACAAUCAAACAGUCGAAUACGAUUGUAACGACAAGCAAAUUGAACCAAUAACAUAUGAUUCAUUGUCAUCACUGCAAUACCUCAGAGUAAUCAAAGAUGAUAUUCAAUUCAAUGGUCGAUUUAUUGAUGUUGCAUUGUCAGAUGGUCGACCAACCUAUUCACAAACACAACUCAUUUCAUUGACACAAUCAACUAGUAAUGAUGAACAAUCGAUUGCAUUGAUUGGUAUCAACUUGCCUCAAUGUCAAUCAUGUGUUCUCGAUCCUGAUUUCUCGCCAUUAUUAAUUGACAAGAGUAAUGAUAGUGGAUGCGAGAAAUCAAAUACAUGGAGAAUCGUUGUUGGAUGUGUUGUUGGUGGAGCUGGUGCCAUAGCCAUUGCAACUGCAUCUAUCAUUACUUACAAUAAGAUCAAAAAGAGAAAUGCUAAUAUAUCUCGAGCAAACAGAUACAUUUGUAAAAUAACUUGUUAA